UGUCCCGGCUUCGCAGGCAUCUUCCUCUAGUCCUCCCUGAAGGGCUCGGCAGGAGAACGCACGGACUCGCGGACUGCGGGCUGCUGAAAGUGGUUGAUUCACCAGAGGACUUCUAUGGUAUCUACUAUUUCCUGGGAUACUUUAUAAGAAGAGUAGAAUAUAGUAACAACUUCUUUUCCUGUUCAAGAUUAAUGGAGCUGUCACAGAGCAAAUUGCUCAAAACUUACUAAAACUGAGAACUGAGCAUCCAGAACCAUAAGAGAUAUCUGUGUUAAAAAGCUCUGCAAAGUUUCCCUCCUCUCUCGCCUUGCAACUUACUAAAAUGGAAGAUUGAUUAAAGAAGCUCACUCUGGCAGCCUGUAAGUUUUUGGUGAUUCCAAUGUGGUGUGAUCUGGGGAGAGAUCUGGUCACUGCCCUCCUGGUCUGUGCUCUGGUCUAUACCCAGGCCUUUCUCAGAGACCUGUCUGGAACAUAGCCACAUGGUGUAGAUGACAUUGGCGGUCACUUAGCAUCCGCAAUGAAAGGAUUAUCCAGCAGCCGUAGUCACCAUCACGGAGUGACCUGUGAUUCUGCCUGUGACUCUCUAUCUCAUCAUGCAGACAGGAAGCCAUACUUGUUAAGCCCGGUGGAGCCUCAUCCUGCUGAUCACCCUUACUACACUCAGAGGAACUCCUUCCAAGCUGAGUGUGUGGUCCCCUUCAAUGACCCCCUGGCCAGCAGUACCUUCCCCAGGAGGCAUUACAAUUCCCAGCAAGAGCUGAAGGAGGAAUGCGCGCUGGUUCCCCGCAGCCUCGCUAACAAGGCAAAUCGCCUUCCUCCCAACCUCCUGGACCAAUUUGAAAGGCAGCUCCCCCUUAACAGAGAUGGUUACCACACCUUGCAAUACAAGAGAACUGCUGUGGAGCACCGUAGUGACAGUCCUGGAAGGAUCCGUCACCUGGUCCACUCCGUCCAAAAGCUUUUUACCAAGUCUCAUUCCCUGGAGGGACCAUCCAAGGGGAGCAUCAACGGAGGCAAAGCCAGCCCAGAUGACACACAGACAAUGAGGUACGGCAAGCGAAGCAAGAGCAAAGAAAGACGGCCAGAACCCAAAGCGCGUUCCAACGCUUCGGGAUGGUGGAGUUCCGAUGACAACUUGGACGGCGAUGUCUGCCUCUACCACGCCCCCUCGGCAGUGAUGACGAUGGGCCGGUGUCCAGACCGCUCCGCCUCCCAGUAUUUCAUGGAGGCUUACAAUACAAUCAAUGAACAUGCAGUAAAAGCCUCCAGGAGUAAUAAUGAUGUCAAGUGUUCCACCUGUGCUAAUCUUCCCGUCAACCUGGAUGCCCCUCUCCUGAAGAAGAGCGCUUGGUCCUCAACCUUGACAGUGAGCAGGGCUCGUGAAGUUUAUCAGAAAGCUUCAGUUAAUGUGGACCAGGCCUUGGUAAAGUCAGAAACCUGUCAACAGGAACGAUCCUGCCAAUAUCUUCAGGUUCCUCAAGAUGAAUGGACUGGGUAUACCCCUCGUGGAGGCAAAGAUGAUGAGAUCCCUUGCCGAAGAAUGCGCAGUGGAAGUUAUAUCAAGGCAAUGGGGGAUGAAGACAGUGGUGACUCAGAUACCAGUCCCAAGCCUUCCCCAAAGAUCGCAGCCAGAAGAGAGAGUUAUCUCAAGGCUACACAGCCAUCUCUUACAGAACUCACCACACUCAAGAUAUCCAAUGAACACUCUCCAAAACUCCAGAUCCGGAGCCACAGUUACCUGAGGGCGGUGAGCGAAGUCUCAAUCAAUAGGAGCUUGGAUAGCUUGGACCCUGCAGGACUCCUCACUUCACCAAAAUUCCGCUCUAGGAAUGAGAGCUACAUGAGAGCCAUGAGCACAAUCAGCCAGGUGAGCGAGAUGGAAGUCAAUGGUCAGUUUGAAUCUGUGUGUGAGUCUGUAUUCAGUGAACUGGAAUCUCAAGCUGUAGAAGCCCUGGACCUGCCAAUGCCAGGAUGUUUCCGCAUGAGGAGCCAUAGCUAUGUGAGGGCCAUUGAGAAGGGCUGUUCCCAGGAUGAUGAAUGUGUGUCUCUGAGGUCUUCCUCUCCCCCUCGAACAACCACCACCGUGAGGACCAUUCAGAGCAGCACUGGUAUCAUAAAACUGAGUUCUGCAGUUGAAGUGUCAUCUUGCAUUACAACAUAUAAGAAGACACCACCUCCAGUCCCACCAAGAACUACCACAAAACCUUUCAUUUCUAUCACAGCCCAGAGCAGCACAGAAUCUGCCCAGGAUGCCUACAUGGAUGGACAGGGACAAAGGGGAGAUAUUAUCAGUCAGUCUGGACUUAGCAACUCCACCGAAAGCUUGGAUAGCAUGAAGGCUCUGACUGCUGCCAUCGAAGCUGCUAAUGCCCAGAUCCAUGGACCAGCCAGUCAGCAUAUGGGGAGCAAUACUGCCACGGUCGCAACCGCUACCACUACAGCCACAGUGACUGCAGAAGAAAGAAAGAAAGACCACUUCAAGAAAAACCGAUGUCUGUCCAUUGGAAUACAGGUUGAUGAUGUUGAUGAACCAGUCAAAGCAGGAGAAAAUAAAGUAACUAGUAAGUUCCAGUCCAUAGGAGUCCAAGUGGAAGAGGAGAAAUGCUUCCGCAGGUUCACUCGGUCUAACAGCGUGACAGCAGCAGUGCAGGCUGACCUGGACUUCCAUGAGAACUUGGAAAACUCUCUGGAAUCUAUAGAGGACAAUACCUGCCCAGGACCAAUGUCCAGGCAGUUUUCCCGGGAUGCCAGCACCUCCACAGUGAGCAUUCAGGGGUCAGGAAACCACUACCAUGCCUGUGCUGCAGAUGAGGACUUCGACACAGAUUUUGAUCCUUCCAUUUUGCCUCCGCCCGAUCCUUGGAUUGACUCUAUCACUGAAGAUCCCUUGGAGGCUGUUCAGAGGUCAGUGUGUCACCGAGAUGGUCACUGGUUUCUGAAGCUUCUUCAGGCUGAGAGAGACCGGAUGGAAGGUUGGUGCCAGCAGAUGGAGAGAGAAGAACGAGAAAAUAACUUGCCUGAAGACAUUCUAGGGAAAAUCCGGACCGCAGUAGGCAGUGCCCAACUUCUCAUGGCCCAGAAAUUCUACCAGUUCAGAGAACUGUGUGAAGAAAACCUGAAUCCCAACGCUCAUCCGAGGCCAACCUCCCAGGACUUAGCAGGGUUUUGGGAUAUGCUGCAGUUGUCCAUAGAAAAUAUUAGUAUGAAAUUUGAUGAACUUCAUCAGUUAAAGGCCAAUAAUUGGAAACAGAUGGAUCCUCUUGACAAGAAGGAGAGAAGGGUCCCUCCUCCAGUGCCAAAGAAGCCGGCGAAAGGCCACGUGCCGCUGAUCCGGGAGCGCUCCCUGGAAAGCUCGCAACGCCAAGAGGCCCGCAAACGCCUGAUGGCCGCCAAGCGGGCUGCUUCUGUCCGCCAGAACUCGGCCACCGAGAGCGCCGAGAGCAUCGAGAUCUACAUCCCUGAGGCCCAGACCCGGCUAUGAAAGCACCAGGCCUCUUGUCCAAAUCCCUACUCCACAUCCUUGUCCAGUCACCAUGCAGUAUUUGUAAACCAUCCCCAUUCCCCUUCUCUCUC